CGCAAGAUGCUAAAUCUGAUCAAUGUGUGUAUCUAGGGGGUAUUAAUAAACAACAAUGAAUUAACCGAGUGCUCAUUCACGCGUCUGAAUGACCCUGUAACUUUUUGGCGACUCGGGAAAGCACGCGGAGUUUAGCCACUUCCCCUCUUCUAACCUCACAUUUUUAAAUUGUUUCUGAUCUGAUUUUUUGAUAAUUGAACAUUCAAAUGACCUCAAAGCUGCCUCUCGUAAUUAUUUUAGGCGCCACAGGCUCGGGAAAGACUAAACUUUCCCUCGAGUUGGCCAGAAAAUUCGGUGGACAAAUAAUAAGUGCGGAUUCAAUGCAGAUUUACAAGGGCCUCGAUAUAAUAACAGCGAAGGCCACCGUUGAAGAACGUCAAAUGGCACCGCAUCACCUAAUCGACGAAUUACAUCCAAGUCAAUCUUGUAGCGUUGUCGAUUUUAGGAACCGAGCAUUAUCUAUCAUCGACAACCUUUUUGCUAAAAAUAUACUGCCGAUUGUCGUCGGUGGGACGAAUUACUACAUCGAAUCUCUCUUGUGGAGAAUAUUAGUCGAGGAGCCCGGUGCAUGGAUUGAGCAAAACUCGCCGUUCGAGACGAGCCAGUUGUCGAACAGCGAGUUACAUAAGCUACUGUUAGAGCAAGAUCCUGAUCGUGCAAAUAAGCUUCAUCCGAAUGAUAGACGUAAGGUAUUAAGCUCACUGGAGAUACUUCAUCGGAAAGGUCGUAAGCAUAGCGACAUAUUGUUAGAGCAGCAGACCUCGGAGGGCGGAUCCGCUUUCGGCGGUUCGUUACGUUUCAAAAACGCCUUAAUAUUUUGGAUGAUCUGUGAACAGGCAACACUAGACGGCAGAUUAGAUUCGCGCGUUGACCAAAUGAUCGAACAGGGUUUGGUAAACGAGCUGCUGGAUUUCCACAGACGUUACAACGAGCAACGAGUCCAGAAUCAACUUGUCGACUACACAAAGGGCAUCUUUCAAUCGAUCGGCUUUAAGGAGUUUCACAAGUACCUAAUGCUCAAUCCCGAAGGUAGAGCUUCGGAGAUCGGUCGACAAAUAUUCGCAACGGCGGUCGAAGAUCUCAAAAGGGUGACGCGUAGAUACGCCAAGAAACAGAGGAGGUGGAUCGUCAAUCGACUCCUCAGCAUGAGUUCGAAUCGAGAGGUGCCGCCCGUUUACAGUUUGGACACUACGGACGUCGACAGGUGGGACGAGUGCGUCACGCAACCGUCGGUCUCGAUUGUGCAGAGCUUCAUCGAGAGCGCAAGGUGCCCCUAUGCGCCGUUGGCCAAACAGGAAACGUUGGGAUUGCCGAUUUCGAUGGCCGAAAAGCAUUUCUGUAACUCGUGCGAGCGAAUUUUCAUCGGGAAAUUUCAGUGGACGUGUCACAUUAAGUCGCGUAGACACAGAAGACUGGCACAGAAAAAGAGUAAGGAGGUUAAGGUAGAGUGUCAAACGUAAAGAGGGUAGCAUGUGAAAUAAGAAUAUAUUAGAUUAAAUAUUUUAAUAUAU